AUGCUGACUGUAGUAGAGGCCAUUCUGCUUUGUUUGGCAACGAGUGAGUCAGUGCUGGGAGUUCUAGGGAAUGGAUUUAUCCUGUAUGAGACCUGCAUUGAUUGUGUCAGGCAGAAGAAGUUCUCAAAGAUUGGCUUUAUUCUCACAGGCGUGGCUAUUUCCAGAAUCUGUGUCAUAGUCAUAAUCAUCUCUGAUGGAUAUUUAAAAUCACUUUCUCCACAUAUGAUUGCUUCUGACACCCAUGUUACAAGUAUUUCGUAUCUAUGGAUGAUUGUCAAUCACAUAAAUACAUGGUUUGCCACCAGCCUCAACCUCUUCUAUUUGCUGAAGAUAGCAAAUUUUUCUCACUACCUCUUUCUCUGCUUGAAGAGACGAAUCAAUACAAUAUUUGUUCUUCUUCUGGGAUGCUUGUUUAUAUCAUGGUCCAUUUCUUUUCCACAAGUAACAAAGAUGUUCAAUGAUAAAUUGCAACACACAAAUAUAUCCUGGCAGUUUCACCUCCGUAAAAGUGAGUUCAUUUCAAACCAUAUUCUUUUCAACCUGGGAGUCAUUUUCUUCUUUUUGAUGACUAUCAUCAUAUGCUUCCUAUUAAUUAUUUCACUUUGGAGACACAGCAGGCAGAUGAAGCCAAGUGUGUCAGGAUUCGAUAAUCCUAACACAGAAGUUCAUGUGAAAGCCAUGAAAGUUUUAAUUUCCUUUAUUAUCCUCUUUGUCUUACAUUUCAUAGGUCUUUUCAUAGAAACCCUGAGCUUUUUCAGAUCAGAAAAUAAGUUGUUGUUUGUUUUUGGUUUGACAAUUACAUGCGUGUAUCCUUGCUGUCACUCAUUUAUCCUAAUUCUAGCAAACAGUCAGCUGAAGCAAGCAUCUUUGAGGGCACUGAAGCAAUUAAAUUGCUGUGAGAAAGGCAAGGACAUCAAGGAUGCCAGACUGGCAUGA